AUGGAGAGCACGUUCUUCUACUUCGACCUCGACUAUUAUGGGGUGGGUUUCUAUGAGGAAGAAAUAAUGACUGAAUCUCAACGGAGAGCAGCUGCAGCAGCAUCCCGUAGAUACUUUGGAAGAGGUGUACGAGUCCUACAUGAGCUGGGCGAUAAUGACUACAGGAACCCUGAAUAUUACCACUGCUAUAAGCAUGAAAGGAAGGAAACACGAGCCAGCUCCAGUGAGAUUGGAGAGGGAAAGCUGGAGGAGCCUGGGAAAGCAGCUGGAGCAGUUUCGCAGCACCCCAAUAAGAGGCAUACAAAACACUACAAGUUCACCUAUCGGCAACUUCGUGAACUGGACAGGGUUUUCCAAGAAACCCAGUAUCCUGAUGCACUCCAACGAAAAGCACUUGCAGAGCUCAUUCAUGUGGAGGAACGCAAGGUUAAGGCUUGGUUUAAAAACAAGAGAGCUAAAUAUAGGAAAAUACAGACGGAGUUACUACUCAGCCGUGACGCAUCUGGCACCGUAAACAACUUUCCCCUCAAGAUGGAUGAACAUCCUAAGAGUGCUUCUGCUCCCGAGGAACCAAUAGGGUUCAUCUUGUGCCAGCAACAUCUUGGCCAAUCCUGCUGGCCAUGA